AUGCAGCAAGCUUCAGAUAAAUCAAUAAUAAUCAGUGAAAUCUUGGAUUCGAGAACAAGGAACCUUGUAUCAGUCUCCAAGAUCAGCGAUUAUGUUCUUUCGAAUGAGCUAGUUAGCAUGGCUUUAGCUAUGGUGGCCGAAGACAAGCAAAUCAACCGGGUUCUCGAGGAACUCUUUGCUGAAGAGGGGAACGAGAUGUGCAUCCGUCCUGCGGAAUACUACCUAUACGAGCAAGAAGAAUUGAGCUUCUACGAUAUCAUGGUGAGGGCUCGCGAAAGAGGCGAGAUCGUGAUCGGGUAUCGUCUCGCGAACACAGACCAGGCGAUCAUGAACCCGGCAAGUAAGUCCGAGGUUAGGAAGUGGUCGCUCGACGACGUCUUCGUCGUGAUCUCCGACGGCGAAUAA